GUGUAGUGCCCGGAGAGUUGUCAAGGUUUUGGUUGUGGAUUAUCCGAGAGGGGAGCAAGGGCGGCUACGCGUGUACAAUGCCGAAUAAACCCAAAAAAGAUAAGGAGUCUCCCAAGUCUGGCAAAGUGGGGAAGAGUGGAGGCGGAGGACAGGAAAAUAUCGAGCAUGAGAGCUCCAACAGGAAGACGAGCAACAGCGUUCCUCCUACCACUCAGCUGCUAAAGGGGAAGCAGCCAGGUUCCCAGACACCUGUCAAAAAGGACAAGAGGCAAAGCUCCUCUCGUUUCAGCCUGAGCAACAGCAGGGAGCUGCAGAAACUCCCCGCUUUCAAAGACGUUCCCCCAGCAGAGCAGGAGAAGCUGUUCAUCCAGAAGCUGCGUCAGUGCUGCGUCCUCUUCGACUUCGUCUCGGACCCCCUGAGCGACCUGAAAUGGAAGGAGGUGAAGCGAGCCGCUCUGAGCGAGAUGGUGGAAUACAUCACCCACAACAGGAAUGUCAUCACAGAGCCCAUCUACCCAGAAGUAGUUCAUAUGUUUGCUGUGAACAUGUUUAGGACGUUGCCUCCCUCAUCGAACCCCACCGGUGCAGAGUUUGACCCUGAGGAGGACGAGCCCACGCUAGAGGCGGCAUGGCCACAUCUACAGCUGGUGUAUGAAUUUUUCCUACGGUUUCUAGAGUCACCAGACUUCCAACCUAACGUUGCCAAAAAGUAUAUUGACCAGAAGUUUGUAAUGCAGCUCUUGGAACUGUUUGACAGCGAAGAUCCCAGAGAAAGAGAUUUUUUAAAAACCACUCUGCAUCGCAUCUACGGCAAGUUCCUGGGUCUGCGAGCGUACAUUAGGAAACAGAUAAAUAACAUAUUUUAUACGUUCAUUUAUGAAACAGAGCGCCAUAACGGCAUAGCAGAACUACUGGAAAUACUCGGCAGCAUAAUUAACGGAUUUGCUUUGCCACUGAAAGAAGAGCACAAAAUUUUUCUACUGAAAGUCCUUCUGCCUUUACACAAAGUCAAAUCUCUGAGUGUUUAUCACCCACAGCUGGCCUACUGUGUGGUCCAGUUCUUGGAGAAGGACAGCACCCUCACAGAGCCGACCGUCAUGGCUUUGUUAAAAUAUUGGCCAAAGACCCACAGUCCAAAGGAGGUGAUGUUCCUCAACGAGCUGGAGGAGAUCCUGGACGUCAUCGAGCCCUCGGAGUUCGUCAAAGUCAUGGAGCCUCUUUUCAGACAGCUCGCCAAGUGUGUGUCGAGUCCACACUUUCAGGUGGCCGAGCGCGCUCUCUACUACUGGAACAACGAGUACAUCAUGAGCCUGAUCAGCGACAACGCCGCCAAGAUCCUUCCCAUCAUGUUCCCAGCCCUUUACCGCAACUCCAAGACCCACUGGAACAAGACAAUCCACGGCUUGAUUUACAACGCUCUGAAGCUCUUUAUGGAGAUGAAUCAGAAGCUGUUUGACGACUGCACCCAGCAGUUCAAAGCGGAGAAAAGCAAAGAGAAAAGCAAAUGGAAGGAGAGAGAAGACGCAUGGCUGAAGAUAGAGAAUCUCGCAAAGUCCAACCCACAGUUUUUGGUGUACAUUGACCCUCCAGGAUCAGGCGGUGCGAUGGACAUGGAGACAGAUGUGCCGCUGAUAGAAGAUGUCAGUGUGUUAAAGCAAACAGUAGAGGAGGGAGCCACACAGAUCCAAAAAGAUCAGCGCAGAGAGCGGCCUUUGGUGAGGAGGAAAUCGGAGCUUCCGAAAGACAUCUCCACCGUCACGGCGUUGGAGUUGCACCGAAGAGCCGAGGAAAUGCUGACGACGCACGACGCCCACUAAGAGACAGACCAACCUUUACAAUGAAUCCAAAAAAAAAAAAAGUAAAUAACGGCGGCAUCCAGAGAGGAACCACAGGCCCACGGAGGGCCAGCACAACAACAGAACUCUGGUAUCUCAGCGCAGCACAGUGCAGAACAGGCCAAGAAAACUCCCGACACUGAAAAUGUCUGAAGCUACCCGUUUUAAGUAAGCUUUGAAAAGGACAAGCGGUGCUCGUCCUCCCUCACUUCCCAACGCCCGCCCUGCUGGGAUGCAGAGACCAGUCCUGAUCUCUACGUCUCUUCCCCCAAAACAAGCGUUUUUUUUUUUUUGUUUGUUUUCUCCUCCUCCCUUGUUUCUCUCUCCUCAGCUUGUGUUUUUGAGGUACUGUGCUGCCCUCUUCUGGUCAUUCUUCUCAGGUGUUCUGUUCAGUGUGUGAGCUGUCUGAUCUUCUUGCUUCUUAUCUAUGGAUGUCAGGUGCUUGUUAAAAUAGUACAAGCCCUUAGCUAUAUUAGGUCGAAGAUUUAAAACAAACAAACAAAAAAAAAACAUAAUUUGGUGAAACAAGUCAGCUGUUUCUACAUAUAUACGUAUAUAUUUAAUAGCUAUUUUUCUCAUAACAUUUGAACAAAACGGCUGUCUAUAUUUUUCCGUACGUAGUAUAUGAGGAGCUCGUCUCAUAAAAAAUAAAAAAUAAAACUAGAAAAAGAGGAGACGCUUCUUUUAAUGUGUAACCAUUUUGUUGGUUGCUCUGAUGUUUUUCAUUCUCUCGACGAAAACGGACCCGCCAUCGGGGUUUAAUCAGUUGGAUUCAUCCACGUCUCUGUGAAGAAGUCUAUUUUGGUGCCAACUGCUUUCAUUUUUUUCCACUUCACUGAAAAAACUUUAGGUCAGUAGGCAAUAAGUUAGCAAAGCCAAACCUGGCCUGCAGCUUCACUUACUCAUAAGAUGGGAUUUAAUUUUUAACCCGUCCAUUUGCAUCCAUUCAGAACAAGUCAUCAAUACGAGGCUUUUACGAGCACUUGAAGAGAGGUGUGGGUUUGACGCAUGUAAUUGAGCAGAAAUUGGGUGGAUUUUUUUUAUUUUAUUUUAUUUUUUUGCUACGCAACUCUCACUAGAAGCCGAAGAGGUGCGUUUUAGUUUUUCAAGCCUUUCCUUUCACAGUGCCUUUUUUGUCAUCGAAAGGGGACAUUUGCUGCGGAUUGAAGUAUUAACAAUACGUUAACGUGAAACGCCAGCUCAUUGGAGAAAUUUGUACAAUUACAAAAAAAAAACAUCUGACGCGUUCCAAGCAGGGCGCGUCGCGCUGCUUGGCCUCCUGCACCUUGCCUUGCCGAAUCCGCGUAGCCGAGAGCGGAGGCGGUGCGGUCUCUCUCCCCUAACCCCCUCCCACCAAGCAAGCCACUUCAGCGAAUUAAGCACUUCCUGGUAAAACUUGAAAGAAAAAGGAAACACAGCAUGUAAAAAAAAAAAAAAAA